GUGGAAGGGGUGCCCCAGCAGCUGAUUACUGGGGGCUGGCUGAAUCCCCGCCAGCUCAGCUUUGAGAUAACCAACCUGGCGUUUACACACACCGUCUAACCCGACUUAUGUACGCUGCCGCCGUCCGCAGCCGCGGGCUUGAGUGCGCAGAUGCGUUACGAUCUCCGUCGCAUCUUGUGUUUCCAGCUCCUUCAACACACACAGCUCGGCCGCCAUGUUGUCGGUAUUGACGCAAAGGAAGUACGCCUAUGCUCUGCUAGCAGGCGUCGCCAUCAUCGUUCUGUUGACUGGCAAUUACGCAUACAACAGCCGACAAGCGAGCACCUCCCACCAAACACCACCGACGCCUCCGGCCAUACAAAAGCACGAAGCUUUCCCCUCCAAGAUCUGGCAGAGCUGGAAGGACGACUCGGAGGACCCGACGGAUCGCACCGUCGGCUUUCCGCAUCAAUGGCGCGUCGUCAAUCCGGAUUGGCGCUACGAGCGCAUCACUGACGCGAACAACGACGCCUAUGUUCGUGACCACUUUGAUGCAUCUAUUUCGGACGUUUUCACGAGUCUUCGGGACCCCAUCCUAAAAGCCGACUUCUUGAGAUACCUCAUACUGUUGCGCGAAGGUGGCGUAUGGGCGGAUAUCGACGUCUACCCCCAUCAGCCAGUCUCGAAAUGGGUCCCAAAGCAGUACCAAGAUUCGGUGAACCUAGUUAUCGGCAUAGAAAAUGAUCACCACAAAAAACCAAUUUGGCCCGGCUCCCCAUAUUCCGUCCAGCUAUGCCAGUAUACAGUGCUGGCCAAGCCAAAUCACCCUGCCAUUAGGACGGUUGUUGAGCAGGUGACCCAAGGCCUCAGCAAGCUGCUUGCGUCCAAGAAGCCCGGACAGGCCGUUACCUUUGAGGAUGUCAUGGCCACCACCGGACCGUUCGCCUUCACCAAGGUCAUCAUGGACUACUUCAAGGAGAAGACGGGCGUAGAGCACACGGGAGAUGAGCUGGACAAACUUAAGGAGCCUCGCUUGAUUGGCGACGUAUUGGUUCUUCCUAAGGAUAGCUUCGGAUGGCUGCCGCACGAGAACACUCAUGAGAAAGGAGAUGAAGCAAUUCUUGUCGAGCAUCUAUUUAUCGGAUCAUGGCGAGGGGGGCACCCUAGCUGAGGGCGGAGGACGCUAAUGGGCACAGAGAGUAGAGUGAACAUCAGCACCUUGAAAGCAUCUUGGCGUUUAAUUUAUGAAGGACACCAAGAAUCGUAUCAUCUACACAAGGGUAUGUAGACGCAGACCGGGCUUGUCCUU